AUGUCGCGCUGGCAAACUGGUUUUAUGGACUAUAAGGAGAUCUUUUAUGUUCCUCCUUCAGAAGAUAAGCCUAUAUACACUGUAAUAGGUACUAUCUUUUUCGUUAUUGCUGCGUGCUCUUUCAUUCCAGAAACAAUGGAGAUGAUUCAACAAAGAACCAGUUAUGGUUUAUCAUUCUUCUUUGUCUGGGGUAAUAGCUGGGGUCAAUUCCUUCUCGUUGUUAACUUCCUUUGCCUUAACUACACAGAAUUCUUAGGUUUCCUCGGAUAUUCAUUCAAGAUUACGUAUCCAUUCCUUUUGGUCUUCUUUGAGUUAUUCUGUCAAUGGAUUUUGUUCUUACCAUGCCCAUAUCUCACAUUUAUCUAUGCAGAUCGUGAACAUACAGCCGAAAAGACAGAAAAACAGCAAUUGCUCGGAAAAAUCCAUUGCAUUGGCCUUGUUAUCCUCAACAUUCUUGCUUCCGUUGUUUUAUUGGUUAUUUGGAUUGCCGGCGGCAUGCAUUUCGGCUUCACAUCCAAAUUCAUGACAGCAUUCGGUGAUGUAUGCGGUUAUAUCUCUCUUGUUCUCGAAAUUUUCCAGUAUUUGCCACAAUACAUCGAAACAAUCAAGAUUCGUGACAAUGGUUCAUUAUCCCUUGUCAUGCUUAGUAUCCAAGGUCCAGCUAACUUAGUUAACGGUCUUUAUAUGGCCGUUAUUAGACAUGAAUCACCAAGUACAUACUUAACAAUUAUAUUCGAUGGUGCUGCAGAAAUGGGUCUUCUUCUCUUGUGCUUAUUCUUCAAGAUCUACAGAUAUGUUAAGGAAGAGCCCGUUGACUACGGUCACCUUUCAUCUAUCCUUCUUACACCAAUCGAAGCCCUUACAACUACAAAGGAUAGAAAGAAGAAAGAUGAAGAUCAGGCUGGUGAAGUCAAGUCUCAUCAAGUAUAG